CUUCACUGUGAACUGUUGUGAAAUGAAAUGAGCCAAUUUCUUAUCUAGAAUUACGCAACUGGUAUUUUAAAAGGAGAGGAACGAUUAACACAGAAAUGGUGCUAUGAGACGAGAUCCCUUGGUGUGGCUGGUGCAGUCAUCCCUGGGUGUUUGAGCAGUUCCGUGUCCCUCCCGAAAAUUUUCCCCAUAAAGGUUAACUCUCUGAACACUGUCACACACAGAGUGUGUGUUGAGAGGCCACCACCAUGUCAGCUGGCCACCCACCCCAGUCGCCCGCAGUGGCCAAGACAGAGGUGACAAUAGACGGACCCUGUCCCUUACUUGCCGCCACCUUCGCCUACUGGGACAACAUCCUGGGGCCACGCGUACGCCACAUCUGGGCCCCCAAGGAGCAGGGCCCCGACACGUCCCUCUUGCUCUGCGACGGCGAGGUGACUUUCCUGGCCAAUCACACGCUGAACGGGGAGAUCCUGCGCAGCGCGGAGAGCGGGGCAGUGGACGUGAAGUUCUUCGUGCUGGCAGAGAAGGGCGUCCUCAUCGUCUCGCUCAUCUUUGAUGGGGAGCUGAAGGGAGACAAAAACACCUGUGCUCUGUCCAUCAUCAUGCCACAGACUGAACUGGGCUUCUACCUGCCCCUACACAACGUGUGCGUGGAGAGACUCAAGCACAUCAUUCGCAAGGCGCGAAUCUGCAUGCAAAAGGGCUAUAACAUCAUCUCCGUGUUGACAUCUGAGAUCAUUCCCAUCAUGGAGCUCUUGUCCUCGAUGAAAACGCACAGUGUGCCAGAGGAGGUCGCUAUUAAAGAGACUGUGCUAAAUGAUGAUGACAUUGGCGAUACCUGCCAUGAGGAUUUCUUGAAGAAGGCCAUCAGCUCCCAUUUACAGACCUGUGGAUGCUCUAUGGUGGUUGGCAGCAACCCAGAAAAGGUCAACAAGAUGGUGAUGACUCUCUGUCUCUUCCUCACCCCCACCGAGAGGAGAUGCUCGCGCCUCUGCCAAGCCCACAGCUCCUCCUGCAGAUACGACAGCGGCCUGUUCGUACAGGGUCUUCUGAAGGACGCCACCGGCAGCUUCGUGUUGCCCUAUCGGCAGGUGCUGUAUGCGCCGUACCCCACUACGCACAUCGACGUGGACAUCAACACGGUGAAGCAGAUGCCGCCGUGCCACGAGCACACCUACCACCAGCGCCGCUACCAGCAGGCUGAGCUGAGCGCGCUCUGGCGCACGGCCAGCGAGGAGCAGCUCGCACCCGACAGCCUCACGCUGGCAGGCGCUGGCGACUCCUUCACGCCUGACUUAAACAUAUUCCAGGAUGUCAUGCACAAAGACACGCUGGUCCGAUCAUUUAUAGAUGAGGUGUUUCUUCUGAAGCCAGGCCUUCAGCUGCGUACGGUCUAUCUCUCCCACUUCCUGCUGCUGCUCCAUAGAAAAGCCCUAACACUGCUACGCUACAUAGAGGACGAAACUCAGAAGGGUAAGAAGCCGUUCCGAUCCCUGAGGAACCUGAAGACUGAUCUGAACUUGACGGUGGAAGGAGACCUGAACAUCGUCAUGGCCCUGGCUGAGAAGCUGCGGGCCGGCCUGCACUCCUUUGUGUUCGGCAAGCCUUUCUACACCAGCGUGCAGGAGCGUGAUCUGCUCACUAACUUCUGAGCCCAUUCUAACACAUUGUCGCUGUCAAGCAGAAACCUUGUUAUCUCCACCAUUUUUUAAAAUAUUACACUACUCUUAGCUGACGCUUUUUCAUCCAAAGCGACUUACAGUUAUUCUAAGUACAGGGUAUUAGUUACAGUCCUUGGAGUAAUGUGGGGUGUGCCUUGCUCAAGGGUACUGGAGCCUUGGAGUGAGAUAGUGGAAGGGUGGGAUUUAUUAUUUUAUAUCUGUUCUUUAUUCAUUAUAAAAUAUGAAUCCGUACUACUGGUCAGUCUCCAUGAGUAUAAAUUAUUCAGUAACCAACGUUAAUGUUGAAAUGAUUACCGGUAUUCAUAAAUUAAUAAGUAAAAUGAAAAGUGGAGAUGCAAGGUUUCUACCUGACAGUAACGAUACGUGGGUAUUCCAGGAAGCUGGUUCAGAAGUAAACCAGGUUAAGUUGAUCUUGACAUAGUGGUAAAUCAUCUAAUAGCAGUGCCUGGGGUCCUCAUUUUCAGUGUAAAAUGACACUUGCAGGCUACCUAUUAUUAGGUUUACCACUUAACCACUGUAGGUUAACUUAGCCAGUUGUAUCACUUAACCAUGAUCUUGGAACCCUCCCUGAUCAGUAUUAAUAUGAUUGUUGUGUGUUUGUGAUGUAAAGAUGCCUUUGGUAUGGCUGUUGUUUUGACCAUGAAUGUGUUGUCCACUGUGACUAGGACAGCGGUUAAUGCCAUUGAUUUAAUGUAAAAAUCCACAAUGCCUUGUGGUGAGCAUCAUGUUUUGGUGUCGUUUGCGAACUAGCGGCUUGAAAGGAGCUAUGUAUGUUUGAUUGAUUGUUUGUUUGUUUGUUUACAUUUCUUGUCAUUUGGAAGCCAUUUCGAAUUGAUUUUGCACAGAAUAAUUGUUAUGCUGCCUGUUUCAUAGACUAUCAAGAAAACACUGUACUCUGAUUAUGUUAUUAUUUGUGUAAUUAUGGCAAACAACAAAAGAGGGAAAGUUUAUCCUGAGGUAACACUUUAUUUUAAGGGGUACGUGCCUCAUUAGAAACAGCGGAAUAACUGGUGUAAACAUACAUGAUAAUAUGUCAUUGUGUUGGGCUUACAUAAUGUACUAUGUGUGUAUUAUGUACCAUAAUUAUAAUGUAGUAUAGAUCUUUAUUUUAUAGUAUUUUACCAAAUUUCUGAAUUCUUCCAGAGAAGCAAAGGGCUGAACUGAUGUAAAUACAUGACGUUAAUACAACACUAGUAUGUGUAUAUUACACCUGUUAUUCCACUGCAUCUAAUGAGGCUAAUAGUGACCUGUUAAAAUAAAGUUGUAUGUCAUCCUCAAAA